AUGGACUUUUUAAAGGAUGAGGAUCUGACUCUCGACUUGCCCAACGUCACUGAAAUUUCAAGAGAUCUUUUCGAAGAUGAGUCUGAAAAACUAAUCGAAUUACAAAAGGAAGAUCCAAAUAAGACAUUCGACGUGGAUGAAUUCCUUAUCAAGAAUAAUUUCCAUUACGUACCGUUAGACACUCUUAUUAGAGACUUAUCAUCAUUGUCUGAAGAAGUAAUCGAUGCCCUUUUCGGACAAGUGAAUGCUGAUUAUGAUGAAUAUUUGAAAUUUUGUCAAAUUUAUUCAAAGGAUGAAGCAGAAAACGAAACGAUAUUAGACUUACAACAAACUAGACUGGAAUUGAAAAACUUUAUCUCUCACUUGGAACAAUUGACCUCCAGGGAUAUUGCCAGAACACAAGAGGUCGUUUCCGAUACUUUGGAAUACUUGGAAAGACUAGAUCAUAUACAAAUUCUUUUAAAUAAUCAUUCUAACAUUCUGGAAAUAAUAACAUUGGGGAAACAGUUAAGCAAGACAUUACAUGGGGUAUGUGGUAUCGAACCAUUGGAAGAAUCGAUUUCUGUGGAAUUGACUCGACAAUUGUUUAUUUUGGUAACGAGAGCAAGAGAGUUGUUAGAGACAUUAACGUCUUUGAAUUCACCAUAUGUGCAUCAUCUACGAAAUGAGUUUCAGGGAUUAGUACAAGAAUUCCAAAUCUCUUUGAAGAUCUUGACUAACAAAUGUCUCGAAAAUCCAUCUGAAUGUCCAGAACUUUCAAAAUUGUUAGUUGAGAUUUCUCAAGCAGCUUAA